AUGCGAGAAGAAGAGACAUUGAAGGCCUAUUCAGACAGGUACUGGGAAAUGUAUAAUGAGAUAGAGGGAAAUUACGAUGAUGUCGCCAUUAGUACGUUCAAGAGGGGCCUGCCGACAGAGCAUGGCUUAAGGAAAUCCCUGACUGGGAAACCGGUCACUAGUGUGCACCAACUCAUGGACAUAAUUGACAAGUACAAAAGGGUCGAGGAAGACCAGCAGACGGGAAAGGGCAAAGUGAAGGUUGUCCCUCAGGAGAGGAGGGACUUCAGGUCGGACCAUAUUAUCAAUAGUAACAGGCCGAGAAGAGAUUACUCAGAGCAGUCUGGAUCCACUGGGGCGCAGGCAGUUCAUGCUGUGUUCCAAGAACCAUUACACAAGAUCCUAGAGAAGAUAAAGCACGAACUGUUCUUUCAAUGGCCAAGCAGGAUGGAACAGUCAAACACCGAAACCAGGCAAAGCACAUUAAGGCCACCCAUUGGCACAAUAAAUGUCAUUCUUGCUGCAUCUAGAAGGACUGGUUCCCAUCCUUUCAGAGUAAUGUUAGUGGGCAGGCUCCCGGCUGAAGCGGACAACAGGGAAUCCAAGAGGGCUAAAGCAAUUGCCAUGCCCUUAAUCGGAUUCUCGAAUGAAGACAAACAGGGAACCUUUCAACCCCACGAUGAUGCCCUAGUCGUCACGCUCAGAAUCGGAGGAUACGACGUGAAGAGGGUGCUAGUUGAUCAAGGCAGUGCCGUGGAAGUAAUGUAUCCCGACUUGUAUAAAUGA